AGAGACAUCUCCGAGCGGGGGCGGCGGGGCGAGCUCGGCCCGGCUCCUCUCUGGGCGCCCGGCGGCGGCUCAGUGCGCAGGCACGGAGCGGGAGCGAGCGGCGCUCCGGGCCGUGCAUAAUACGUGGUGUCUGGGGCCGGCGCGGCGCAGAGCGGAGAUGGGACCGGGGCGUGAGAGCCGGAGCUAGCGCCGCCGCGGUUGCUCUGCCCGCCGAGGGGAGCGCCGGGAGGGGCAGGUAGGAAGGAUGAGCUCCUAUGCUGACAUCUGUGGCUCCAGGCAUGCUCAGGGCUGCACCGAAGGAGGGUACCAACGCUACGGAGUUCGGUCCUACCUGCAUCAGUUUUAUGAGGACUGCACAGCUUCAAUUUGGGAGUAUGAGGAUGAUUUUCAGAUUCAGAGAUCGCCUAGCAGGUGGAGCUCUACAUUCUGGAAGGUCGGACUCAUCUCUGGGAUGGCUUUUAUGCUGAUAGGUUUAACAGUUCUUGUAGUGGGCUUCCUUGUGCCACCAAAAAUCGAAGCACUUGGGAGAGAUGAUUUUGUUGUGGUGGAUACCCGUGCCAUUCAGUUCAAUGGGUCUCUUGAUAUAUGCAAGCUGGCAGGAGCAAUCUUGUUUUGCAUUGGAGGGUCCACUGUGGCAGCAUGUCUGCUGAUGUCUGCUUUUGCUAAAAGUUACUCCAAAGAAGAAAAGUACCUCCAGCAAAGAUUUAAAGAGAGAAUAGCUGAUCUAAAAGCCCAUGCAAACCCAGUCACAAAAGCGCCAGCACCAGGAGAAUCAAAGAUCCCUGUCACUUUGUCCAAAGUUCAAAAUGUCCAACCUUUAUCUGAAACCUGACCCUUAGCAUAAAAUUUUGUUUCUCACUUGCAGAUCACUUUAACUGGAAAAUACCAGCUGUUGUUGGCAUACGUGCUAGUCAAUUACAUCAAGUGCCCUGCUACACAAACACACAGCUGACAGAAAAGCUGCUCCAAUGCAAAUUUAGAACUGGUAAAAGGGAAAUUAUGUGACUAGACCUGUGACCAGUAUAUUCAGUGUAUUUGAACAUUGUAAUCUGUGUUGAACCAAUAAAUCCUUGCAGCAGUGAUUAGGUGUUUAGCUUACCAGAUUGCAUCCCUGGAAAACGUAGGGUGUGCUUAUGACAGACCUACCAGAAGUACCCUGCAUCCCACUGUUUAAAGUUUAGAGGAACUGGUUUGGGUUUCUUUCCAUUUUCUCCUUCCUGUUAAAAAUAGUUUUUACUCUGACUUUUGCCCUCUGAUUCUGCUGUUUGGGAAGCCAAGAUUCUGCCCUUGUAAUUUGCACGUCUUGUCACAUGCUCCAGUCCCAAUCCAAGUAAUACUGCACAGCUAAAACAUACAUGACAGUGAGUGCCCUAGAUUUGAUUGUGACACAUGUCACUUCCCAGCAAUAUUACUUUAUUGGAAAGGCAAGUUAUAUUUGAUCCUGAAUUACAACUAACCUGUGCAAAUGUGCCACUUUCAUCUUAGCAUUGCCAUAUUAACAAAAAAAUACAGAAUAAAGAUAAGGAAUUCAUAUGGGAGGAGGAACACCAUGCUUGUGUGUCUUUGGUUUGAUAUUGUUUCUUUUGUUAUAUUGCAUUAUGUCUAAAGUUCAUUAAAAUGUUUAGGUUUUGGCCAGAUACAGAUUACUAAAUGUGGUUUAACAUGUCCAGGCCCCUUAUUCUGUUGGUAAGUUAAUGCCAUGUUAGAUGAUCUUAAACUUAUCUAAAGACAUUUUGAAAUGUUGUUUAUAUUUUUAUAGAAGAUAGAAAAAAUUAUGCUUAAGCAGAUACAUGUGUGUAAAUGCUUACCUGAAGACUUUUCCUUUCACAGAAGAUCCUUAAUUAUUCCCCCCCACACACCCCCAGGGCAAUUAUUUCACUGUCUUAAUCUAUGGAUCUAAAUAAAAAUGUAUAAAGAAAGAUGUGAUAUUUGUACUCUCUGACAAUAUGUGCCACCUUAUAGUUCUGUCUAUUUUUUGAAUUGACUGAAUAAAAUUCUAGACGUGAACCAAU